AUGCGACCGCUGCACCACUGCACCGUUGGGAAGGACAACUGGGACGAGGAGGCUGAAAACAAGCGGGGGAAGAGAGAUAAAGGGGGUAUCAUGAGCGACGAGUACUCCGCAGUACUCACUGGUGGAUUGUCGCUCAAGGGAGGGCUCUUCAAAAGCAAGAAAAAGAAGAAGGGGAAGCGUAAGCGGGAAGAGACCGAAGCAGCUGACCGGGCGCGCGAGGCUGCUAUUGAAGAUGAACGCAGCUCUGGAUCAGCGGCCGAUGGUGCUGAUGCUGGAGGGUCUGGGUCAGACGACGGCGCAAAGAAAGAUGGGGCUGGGGAAGGGAAUGAACAAGCGGGCGAGGAUGUAGACGACAUGCUGACGCCAGCCCAACGGCGAUUCAGGAAGAAGCAGCUGGAACGCGAGGGGAAGAAGAUUCGAGGCAUGGUCAAGCAGACUCAUCGCGAACGAAUUGAAAACUUCAACGCUCUCCUUGCUUCAAUGACCGAGCACAACGACAUCCCGAGAUGCUCGGCUGCAGGCAAUGGAUGAAUAACUGCCCUAAUCACCCUGAUAGUUGGGUCUCCUGGCUCUCGAGGGAUAGUUUUCGUGUGUCAAAGGUGCCAGAUGCUGAGCAGAUAUCGUACCCUGGCGAAGUCACGGGCGGGCGUUGCGGACGUAAGUUGCUUCAAGUAUAUCUCCUUGAGAUCCAGUUUAGAUCUGAUGGACUCUUGUUGCGAACCUGAAGCGAACGUGUCCAAGGUCUUGUACAUACCAGCUGGAACUGGAAAAACCGGAUCGUUUUUACAUUAGCAAACGGCGGAGACUGAUUAUGAGUAGAAACCAUGCAGGCGACAGGAGAGCACUGCUGUUCUCGGGAAACCGCUUCGUUGUAUGCACUUUGGAGUUGGAAUAACACAUCCGUACAUGUAUACAGGGUCUCCCUUCGGGACGUGGGUGUCUACCCUCCCUCAGGUGACGCAAGACCACAUGCGCAUUGCUCGAAGAGGGACUGGGUGUCUUAUCACGCUUGUAUUUCCGUACAAAACAUCGUGCACGUUGUUAUUCUACAUUGGAGCCAGCUCGAGCGGACAAUAUUUUGGCCACGAAACCUCAGAUUUCCAUGCCAUGAUGUCUUUGAUGACGGCAGAUUUCCGACGAGAACCAUGUUCAACACUGCGACUGGAUGCAUGCUCUCAGACUUGUCUACACUUGGCCCGCUGCGAAGUGUGGUAAACGUAGGUACUGCUGUUGGACAAUGUGUGUGUGUGUGUGUUUUCGUCCUAUUUAUUAUGGCGACAGUCCCCCCAUUUUUGGUGGUGAGACGUGAACUACACUUUUCAGCGUAUGUAGAGUAUACACUUUUCAGUGUAUUUUUUCGGACAACUACUUUUUUCGGACAACUACGAUCAUCCAGGGUAACACAGGAGGGGGUAAACACCAGGGCUUUUUUCUUCUUUUUAUUUCUUUUCAUGUCCCACCUUAAUCCUGCGGUGCGUGCUGAAUUUUUUUUUUUAUCGCGAUAAGGGUACAGCCGUCCCUUUCCCUCG